AUGGAGACUGCACUUAUCCCUGGCAUUCUGGCUGCUCGUGGCCCUACGAUCGCCUGCUAUAACCAAUCGAAUCUUAGGCGGCUUCGCAAUGUGGCAACUGGAGUAAUUGGCUAUCAAGAGUACAAAAAUGGCCAUACGGUGGAUGCCGACCGCAUCAGGCCAUACGAUUUCUGGAAGAGCUUAGCCAAGGGUAUCGCAGUGGACGAAGCAAACAAUGUUGGCCGUCCUGACCUCUACUCAGUAUGGGGUAACACACUUCUCCCGUGUCUCCUUUGUGGCGACGACAAGCAGCUUGAACCUCGUGUGGUGAGUUUUGGACAAAAAGAUGAGAAUGGCCACUCCGUAAACAGGCUUGAGGACGAUGGUAAACUGUCCGCUCUUCUUUUCUUCAAAGGGAAUCGCUGGCCUGUGUUUCGCUUGCGGACCCAACUCAGAAUGGCCACUGGACUUUUCGACCUCUGUUAUGAGGUGGUCAAAGACAUGCCAGAUUUUCGAUACGGACCCGAUUGCGACAUCAGUUUGGAUCGGCAUGCGUGUGGCCGCAAACUGGAAGCUUUUCUACAAAAGAGAUUUCCUGAGUUGGCUCCUCCUCACAAUGACAAGCUCGCAGAGGCGUUUAUCAACUGCACAGGAUCCAAGUUUUAUUUCAGUCCAGUGACUGGGUCGGGGUGGAAUCCAGCUCAAUCCAGGCGCGCGCUACACUUUGUCCGCGACCUAGUAACACAGACAAAGAUUACUCCCGCCGAUGUCUUCAUCAUCACACCCUACGAAGCCAACGUCGAUUUCAUCGAGGGUAAGAGGCAAAAGCUAGAGUACUCGGCAAUCUCAUCCAUGGCCCCAGCUGCGACAGUUGAUGACUUCCAAGGCCGUCAAGGGAACAUUAUAAUCCUUGUGACGGCAACGACAGAGACUUCAAAGCCAGGCUACGUCCCUGACAUACAUUAUCUCUGCGUCAUGCUCAGCCGUCACAUAUCUGGAUUGGUCAUUUUUGGUGAUCAUAGCAUCCCGCAGGCGUCUGACGUACGUAAUAUCCAGAAGGAUGAGGCUGAAACCGACAAGAAUCCCAUGAAAAACAUGGUGAGUAUCUUGAUGCGGAAAAAGCGAGUUGCUACACUGCCGGCUCCUACACUCUCCAACAACAUCACAUCCGACGUCUCGUAG